UUUGAGUUGGGUUUUUUGGUGUUAACAGUAGUUUUCUCCCACAGAGCUGCAGAGUGGCAGCUGGAUCAGCCGGCAUGGAGUGGCAGGCUGCGAAUAACCUCCAAGGGGAAGAUAGCUUUCAUUAAACUGGAGGAUAAGAAUUCAGGAGAACUUUUUGCCCAGGCACCUGUGGACCAGUUUCCCAGUAUCGCUGUCGAAGGCGUGACAGAUUCCAGCAGAUAUUUUGUCAUCCGGAUUGAAGAUGAAAGUGGACGUCGUGCCUUUAUUGGGGUUGGAUUUGUAGACCGAGGGGAUGCUUUUGACUUCAACGUAGCCAUUCAAGACCACUUUAAAUGGGUUAAACAGCAGUGCGAGCUUGCAAAACAAGCCCAGAAUCCAGACCAGGGACCCAAACUAGACCUGGGUUUCAAGGAGGGACAGACCAUCAAACUGAACAUUGCGAACAUGAAGAAAAAGGAAGGAGCCGCAGUGAGCAGCAAACUGCGCCCUGCAGGGCCUGGGGGCCUCAGCCUGCUCCCACCUCCUCCUGGAGGGAGAUCUGCUCUAAUCCCCCCUCCUGGGGAGCAGCUUCCAUCAUUCCCUGUGAACUCCCAGCCAACAAGUGCUACUAACACAGAUGCCGCUUUGCCUUGGCCACAACCUGGUGGUGCCACCGCAGCUGCCAGCGCUGAUAUCUGGGGAGACUUUGCCAAAGCGUCAGGGUCGGCAGCUGCCCAGAAUCAGCAGAGCACGGGCUGGGUUCAGUUCUAAACCCAACACCCUCUGCUUUUCUCUUCGCUAUGGACCAAAGCCUGGGGGGAAUCCGCUCCGCACCCUACGCUCAGAGCUAACAGGCCCCUUUGCGAGACCCAGUCCAUGACUGGUCGUAGCCUUUGUCGCUUUCUUGGCCAUUACAAGGAAAGGGCGGCAGCUAUGCAAAAGCCAAGAAGUGCCUUGUGACAGCAGCGUGGAAAUAAGUCCCCCAGCUCUGGGGAGCAUGGGAGAGGGGUGCCUUAAACUCUGAGCUCCCAUCAGAAACCAGUGGCUGGGGCUCUUAAUUCUGCUCUGAGAUCACAGCGAACCUCAGAGGACUAUAAAUCAGGGGGGAGUGGGACGCAAUCGUCCCUCUCCUUUUCGAAACCAGCACGCUGCGGCGUUGACAGAUUUCCAGCAACAAUGCUCUUCUCCCUCCCUCCCCUUAUUUGCACCCUAUGGACUAAUGUAACUGAGGCCAGCCAAAGACGGUCAACUUGGUCUGGGCCCCUCAGACCAACAGAUGCUUUAUUAACG